AUGGACCAACGACAUCUUUCAGAUGAGGCCAGAAGAAAUACCUUCAACCCUUACCCCAUCUACAACGCCAUAAACAAGGAUUGCUUUACAGAUGGGCCUACAGAAGGGAAAUGGUUCGAGCUGAGCCCACACGAGGCUGGUUUCACAGAGCUGGGUUUCUUCAUUGAAACUUCUCUUCUGGGCAGCAAAUUCAAGGACGGAGGUUGCUGGAGAAGAAGCCCCGAGAUGGACAUGGUCAAACUGGAAGGUAUCCUUGGUUCUGCAUUGGCUAGUGGGGAAGUUAUAAAAGAGUACAUCCUUAACUGGCUAAAAGGACUCUUCCAUCUUGGUGAUGUUACUAAAGAGCAACAGAGUGUACUAGCUGUUCUUGAUGAAGUAAUAGCUGUGACCAGAAACCCCACUAAGAUUCCUUCUGUGGUGUUUGACCUGGGCCCACUGCAGGGUAUACCAGAAGUGACCAAGGCAAACCGUACUCUGAAAUUGUGGGUGAAGGAAACGAGUCCAAAGGAAAGAAAUCGUCUUGCUAAACGGUGGAGUCUGGAGAUGAUAGCUGCAGUGGAGACAUGGACCCAAAGUCAGCGGAAAGGAGGUUUCAUAGACAUAGCCACACUGGUUGUAAAAAUCCUUUGGCUGGUUUUGCAUUGGGAGUGGGGAACUACUGAAAACUUCCUCUACCAACAAGAUCGCACCGCUCCAACUUACCUCCGCUCAAAUGAGGAUUCCAUCUGAUGGAUGCCGGGCUGCUGAUGAAUGUACCCUACCCUGCAUUUCUGGGAGACAAGAGAGACAUCGACCUCAUCAUCGCACCAGAUUACCAGCGCUGGAAAAGCGUUUGAGACCCUGACUCUUGCCAGAGACUAUGCAGCUGAGGUGAAGAAGCCUUUCCCAGAGAUAGACAACAAAAUCCUGAAGGAGAGAGACUGGCCAAAGGACUGCUAUGUGUUUGAGGGAAAAGAGGAGCCCACGAUUGUUUACAUGCCGCUCUUCAACAGACGCAACUGCAAAGGUCUGUGACACCCACACAUGCAGAUUUUUAGUGACUUUUCUUCUCCAAAGCAGAACUGCUCAUCAAACUGCAAUGAGCCACGAUUUGAGGAACCAGGAGGUUUUGGCAGUUAAGCAACUAGCUAACUACAACUUUGAUGAAAAUACAAAUGAUCCCAAAAAUGAUUCCAUUCUUCCAUGACUUUGACAUUUGAUAAUAUACAUUCAUAUCAUUUACAAUUACUAAUUAUAAAACUCCCUAACCCAGUGGUGAGUGGAGCCUAAACAGGUCUUCACUGUUUUCUAUAGAUGCGGGAGGUCAAAGCAAAGAUGGACGAGUUCUCCACCUUCCAACGUCCCUACAACAAGGAGCAGAUUGAGUCUCUGCUGAAGAUAGUGAAAGCCAACGUGAAGACAACAAGGGAACUCUG